AUGUCGAUCAAGGUUGCACUUGUCGGGGCUAGCGGUAACGUUGGCCCAGCAGUUCUGGAGCAGCUCCUCAUCGCCGGGUUUGAUGUCACCGUCCUCACUCGACAGGGCAGUGAUCAUACCUUUGACCCCCGAGCCCAUGUCGCAAAGGUGGACUACGAGUCACUGGACUCCAUUAAGAAUGCCUUGACGGGCCAAGAGGUCGUUGUCAGCACAUUAAACGCUGGUGCCGUACCACUCGCCAUCCAUCUUCGCAUAAUUGAUGCUGCUGUUGCCGCAGGAGUGAAGCGCUUCGUUCCCUCCGAGUUUGGCUCCAACACCGUCAACCCUCAAACGGCCAAACUUCCCGUCUUUGGCGAUAAGAUCAACGUUCAAGAGCAUUUGAAAAAAGCCUCUCAAGAUUCUGGUCUCAGCUAUUCGCUUCUUAUCACUGGUCCAUUCCUCGAUUGGGGUCUUAAGAAUGGCUUUAUCCUCAACUUAUCUGGUCCUGUUGUCCCACUUUACGACGGCGGCGAACGGCCAUUCUCGUCCACGACCCUCAGCGGUGUGGGCAAAGGUGUUGUCGGUAUCAUCAACAAUCUCGAUUUCACCAAGAACACUGCUGUUUAUAUCGACGAGGCCAGGGUAUCACAGAAGGAGCUUCUCCGGUUGUCUGGCAAGGCCACUGAUACCGAGAUUGUCGCGACCGCGGAUCUGGAAAAAGAGGGCUUUGAGGAGCUCAAGAAGCCGUCGCCAAACCCAGCGAUUAUUGCAACCCGUUUCAUUUGGCGUGCUAUCUUUGGAGAAGGGUUCGGUUCAUUGAACGAUCCUCAAGAUGUUUCAAACGAGUUGUUUGGUCUGAAGCCGCUAUCUGAAGAGGAGCUUCGGGGUCUAUUUUCCAAAUAG